UAUCACACUCUUGAAUCAGUGUUUCUGAACAGAAAUGAGAAGCUUAGUAUCAGCAUCUAGACUCGUUUCAAAGUCAGCAAUUCUUUUCACUGAGUCAGCGAGUUCCUUCAGCUUUCGCAAAUCAUAUCUUUCUUGUCGAACCUUUGCGAUCAUGGCCUCUGCUUCUUCUGAUAAUUUCGUUAAAGGAAAUGUUCAUCAAAACGGCGUUGCUGUCAUCACUCUCGAUCGUCCUAAAGCUCUCAACGCCAUGAACUUAGAUAUGGAUGUUAAAUAUAAGAGUUUUCUUGAUGAAUGGGAAUCGGAUCCUAGGGUUAAGUGUGUUCUUGUUGAAGGCAGUUCUCCACGUGCAUUUUGUGCAGGAAUGGAUAUUAAAGGUGUUGUUGCCGAAAUUCAAAAGGACAAAAGUGGUGAUGUGAAGGCUAUUACAUCCAAAAACCAACUGUCACAUAUGAUUGAGGUUUUCACUGCUGAAUAUUCUCUAAUAUGUAAGAUUUCUGACUACAAGAAGCCAUAUAUAUCAUUCAUGGAUGGCAUAACAAUGGGCUUUGGACUUGGCCUAUCUGGUCAUGGUCGCUAUCGUGUUGUAACAGAGAGAACUGUUCUCGCUAUGCCAGAAAAUGGAAUUGGCUUGUUCCCAGAUGUUGGGUUUUCAUAUAUAGCUGCACAUAGUCCAGGAGAAGGAUCAGUUGGUGCUUAUCUUGGAUUGACUGGAAAGAGAAUAUCUACACCCUCUGAUGCAUUGUUUGUAGGUCUUGGAACACAUUUCGUGCCAUCUGGAAAUUUAGGCUCGGUAAAGGAGGCCCUUUUCUCUAUGACCUUUUCCCAGGACCCAAAUGAUGACAUCAAAGCUCUCUUAGCAAAGUAUAGCAAUGAACCAGAGUCCGAGGCAGAGUUAAAGUUGCUUUUGCCUCAAAUAAUUUCAACCUUCAGUGCAAGUAAUUCGGUAAAGGAGAUUACUGAAGAGCUGAAAAAGCAUCAGCAGAGUGCUGAUACCAAAGUGGCGGAGUGGGCUAGUGAUGCGCUUCAAGGUCUUGGAAAGGGUGCUCCCUUUUCUCUUUGCUUGACACAGAAAUACUUUUCCAAAGUCGCAUCUGCCUAUGGAAAACCAAACAGCGAACUAUCAACUCUAAAUGGUGUCAUGAAAACAGAAUAUCGCAUUGCCUUGAGGUCAUCUUUGCGAAAUGAUUUUGCUGAAGGGGUCAGGGCUGUGUUGGUGGACAAGGAUCAGAAACCAAAGUGGAAUCCCCCAAGCUUGGAAGACAUUGAUCAAAAUGAAGUGGAAUCUCUAUUCGAACCACUGAGCCCAGAAGUUGAGGAGUUGAAAGUGUGAGUUUUUGCACGUGAAAUUAUCUCUGCUUUUACACUUAAAUAACAGUAAGUGUAGGAGAGAGUGUGGGGUAUACAUUUGCUUUUGCUGCAACUGUCUGUCAAUAAAUCUGUCAUACUUGAGCAAUUCAGUCUCAUAAUAUUCUACGUUGUACUGGAUAAAUGAAUGUACUUAAUUGUGCCGCUACUUACUGCAACAUCAUGUCAUGUGACGUGCAAUAAUAGGCAUGUUAUUUUUCUACCA